AAGCUACCCAGGAACAAAAGCAGAACUUGACACUCUUUCGAGGCGGCUCCGGCCCCCGGGACUCGGAGCGAGUUAAAAGGUACUCGAUCAAACCAGAAAGAGACAAACGUCAACGUGGUGUCAAGCCGUCAGUGAGCAACUCAAGUAUACCGGUGCCAGCCUGAGUGGCGUGCAGCAUUGAGGGGAGAAGUGCCAGAGCUGAGGAGCUGAUUCGAAUUGUCAGGGGAAACUGAGCUUGCAUGAGCCACCGCGGCAGCAGAGCUAGCUCCUGAUGGGCAUCUCUGUUAUUGUGGUACACUCGUGAGCAUCACGACAAUGAAUCGAAGCAGGAGCUCGGGCUAAGAGAGGAAGGUGGUGCUGGGCAACAUGGUGCUGGUUCUGGCUCUGGGGGACCUGCACAUACCCCAUCGAGCGCCAGAUCUGCCUCCAAAGUUCAAGCAGAUGCUUGUCCCCGGAAAGAUUCAGCAUAUUCUCAGCCCAGGAAACUUGUGCAUAAAGGAGGUGCAAGACUACUUGAAAGGCCUGUGCAGCGACGUCCACAUCGUGAAGGGAGAAUAUGACGAAGUGCAGAAUUACCCAGAGCAUAAGGUGCUGACCAUUGGGGGGUUCAAGCUGGGGAUCUGCCAUGGCCACCAGGUUGUUCCGUGGGGAGAUGUGGAGUCCCUGGCCAUGCUGCAGCGACAACUUGACGUUGAUAUCCUCAUCACAGGGCACACUCAUCAAUUCAAGGCCUACAAGCAUCAAGGGCGGCUGAUGAUCAAUCCAGGAUCUGCAACCGGAGCUUACAGCAGCAUCACAUAUGAUGUCAAUCCAAGCUUUGUUUUGAUGGACAUUGAUGGACAGAGGGUGGUGGUGUACGUCUAUGAGCUGGUGAAUGGAGAAGUGAAGGUCGACAAGAUUGACUUCCGCAAGCCCCCACCGCAAGCCAACGAGAGCUGACUUGCAAGGAUUGCGGACUGACACGAGAAUACAUACCCAUCAGACUUAAAUGGGCGCUUUACGGGUAUCCACUGCAGAGAUCAGUUGUCCAGCGUUUGGAAAACCUUUUUUCAGCUUUUCGUGGUGACUUUAGAUUCAAAAACUUGGAUCUAAGUCAUUGGAUUCAUAACAGGGCCAUGCCGAUGCAUGGUCUAUGUCUCGCUUACUGGCGCCCUUACAGCCACAUGCACAUGGCCUGAUCGUGGUGCGGG